AUGUCCAAUAGUAUUCGGUACGCGGCAGCUCAGGUGGCGAAUUUGGACGGGUCAGUGGAGUGCUUUUCCCAACGGAUUGAAGCCUUGGUUGAGGAGAAUAAUGUGUUGGAGGGGCGAGUGGAGGAACAACAUCGGAAGUUGGAGGCGGAAGAGCUUAGGAGGAAGGCUGUAGAGGAUGACGUGAUGUUGCUGCUCUAUAAGGGUGUUGUUCGGGUGGUGGACAAGGUGGUCGAGAGAGUUGAGUUCUCACUUGAAGUUAGACGGAUGAAAGUGACAUAUAUUGUUUCCAACGUGGAAGGAGGUAAACAAGUGGUGAGAAAGCAGGUGGUUGGUGGAAAGUUUGAUUCUGGGGAGUCGACAUCCACCCUGGAGCUGACCCAGGCCAUGCAAGCCUCUGUGAAGGCUUUUAUGGAGAUGGAAUUCACUUCGUAUUUCCACUUGUGUGAGCUCGACCUAGGAGGCCUCUACCAAUUGUGCAAUGAUCCCGAGGUCGAGGAUGUUGCUUCAGAACAUGAUCCCUCCAAAGUUGGCACCUACUUUGAUUCGCUUGGUAAGUGA